AUGGUGGCGUUUUGCACCGGUGGAAACGCUUCCUUGGCGGCGGUGGAGAGGAGGUUGAAGGGGAGGGGUAUGAACACGGUCUAUCUACCGGGUCAAAACCAGAGGAUACAAUGCAACAAUGGCGAGGGCGUGCUGCUGCGAUUGGGAGACGGAGAUGUCAUCACGGAUCUCAGCCACGGGGUCUUGAUUGGCGAGUUUGAGGCGUCGGGAGUGAAGAACCUGACCGUGGUGCUCAAAGGGCCGUGGAGCGCCGAGAUGAUGGAGACGUUGCGGGAUACGCGGCUCAUCGCCUUGGGCGUCACGGAGACGUGGACGCCGGCAACGAUUGGGCCGGUGCUGUUUGAGGAAGUGGCGUGGUUGUGGCUUGCUUUAUACAAGGGGAACUCCAGGUGCUGUACUUGGUCGACCACUGCCACGGUCGUUGUACACGGUGCAAACAGGAUGUUAGAGAUGCUCAACUCCAGGCCCGCGGAGAACUAUACGAGCAGCUUCACGGUCGAGAUAUAG